UUUAAUAUCAUAUCAUAUCAAAAAAAAAAAAAAAUGAAUUACAAGACUCAGAUUAUAUUUAUAAACAAUUUUCAAUUGUAUGAUGUUUGGCACAAAAAUUUUAUAUCUUAACAUUACUCAUCUUGUUGCAAGUUGCAACACAAAAAUCCAAUCUAUUUAUUCACAAAAAGUUUUUCCCCAAAUAGGCAACCACCGAUUGAAGCAUUUCAUUCUUGUUUCUAAGAAUGGAUUGGCUCUGUGCCUAUAUAUGUUUUUGGCUUUCCUUAUUGAUGUUAUCAACGCUUUCGUAUCAUCAAACUCGCGCUUCGGAGACUGGGUUAGGAUCGGAGACUGAGUUGCUGACUCGGGAGCUUUUGGAAUCGGCGAGGGAGCCCGAGUUCUUUGACUGGAUGAGAUGGGUUCGGAGGAGAAUUCAUCAGUACCCAGAACUGGCCUUUGAGGAACACAAGACGAGUCGACUCAUAAGAUCGGAGCUUGACUCUCUUGGAAUCGGGUACACGUGGCCCUUUGCAGAGACUGGGUUGGUGGCUUCAAUUGGGUCUGGGAAGCAGCCCUGUUUCUCUCUCAGAGCAGACAUGGAUGCCCUCCCUAUUCAGGAAUUGGUAGAGUCAGAGUACAAGAGCAAGGUCGAUGGUAAAAUGCAUGCUUGUGGCCGAAACUGGCAUUGAGAUGUAACAAUGCUGCUCGGGGCUGCCAAAUUACUUCAUCAUAGACGGGACACAUUAAAGGGCACUGUCAAGCUUGUCUUCCAACCCGGAGAAGAGGGUCAUGCUGGUGCCUACCAUAUGUUGAACGAAGGUGCUCUGGAUGGAGUUCAAGCCAUUUUUGGAUUACAUGUUUGGCCAAACUUGCCCACUGGUACCAUUGGUUCCAAGCCUGGUCCCAUAAUGUCUGGCUCGGGCAGGUUUUUAGUGAUAAUUCAAGGGAAAGGUGGACACGCGGCAGCCCCACAUAUGACUAGAGACUCAAUUCUUGCAGCCUCUUUGUCAAUUCUUGCUCUCCAACAGAUUGUUUCACGAGAGACAGAUCCUCUCGAGGCCAGAGUAGUCUCAGUUGGGUUUAUUGAAGGUGGUGCAGCAGGAAAUGUAAUCCCAGAGACUGUGAAAUUUGGGGGAACUUACAGAAGCUUGACUUCUGAAGGAAUUUCCUACCUUCAGCAAAGGAUCAAAGAGGUCAUAGAGACUCAAGCAGCUGUGCAUCAGUGCACUGCUGUGGUGGACUUCAUGGAGAAGAAACUCAGGCCGUAUCCACCAACCAUUAACGACGAAGCAAUGUACGAACAUGCAAAAAGGAUUGGAGAAACCUUGCUUGGGAAACCGAAUGUGCACCUUAUUCCAGUGAGCAUGGCAUCAGAGGACUUCAGCUUCUAUGCACAAAAAAUGGCAGCUACAUAUUUCAUGAUAGGGACAAUGAAUGAAACAAUUAAGUCAAAUAAAGGGUUGCACUCGCCGCAUUUUGUUGCCGAUGAGGAGGUUCUUCCCAUUGGAGCAGCUCUCCACGCUGCAGUCGCAAUCUCUUACUUGGAUCGUCAUGUUUAGAAUCAAUAGAAACUCAACAAUCUCAAUCUGGAUUUGAAAAUUGUAAAGGUGAGUGAGAAACGUUAUAUUUCCUAGUUAAUAGAAGUUUUCAUACACAUUGUAACUGAUAUUAAUGCUUUGGGACUUUUGUCUACAUCGAAGUCUCCUAAGAGUUUCAAGUUUGUUGAUUUGGAAUUUGGUUGUAUUUUUGGUUUGUCUAAACAAUUAAGUGUUAGCAUCCUACAUCAGUUGCAGACGAUAUUCAGGAUGGACUUAUAAGACGAUGCAGAACACUUUCAUUAUGAA